AUGAUCUUCACUUUGGCAACAUAUUAUUACGUCAAUGUAGUGUCGGCUUACAAUCUGCGCCAUGAACCGGAAAAAGUAAUAUUCGGAUUGGUGACAGUUGGUGUGGGAUUUCAAAACUUCUGUAAAAUCUACACCUACCUCACUUAUUGUCAACAAAUUCGGUCAAUGAAUCGGUACCAGGAAGUGUUGCUACGAGAAGAGUGUAACCUGCACACCAAGGAACUGCUGAUGAAUAAUGUUUUCGCAAUCGAUCUCCUGAGAAAGUUAGUUUUCAGUAGUUAUCCUUGGACUGCAAUUGUUCUGCUGAUUACUCCAUUGCUUCUGACCCUCAUCGGACCAGAAAACAUACUUCCUUACGGGUUUUUCAUGCCUUAUCUGGAUUGGAAUACCACGCUGGGAUAUGCCAUAAACUAUGUGUGGCAGAUCUGGCUCACGGUGAUGGUUCUCACCUUUCAUAUGGGCCCAGAUUGCUUUUAUUUGAUCUUGAUCACUAAUGCUUUUACCCAGAUCAAUUUGUUGAAAAAUAUGCUUGAAAGAUUAGAUGAAAGUGUGAAAGACAACGCGAAUCAAGAAACUGCCUCAAAGCUGUUGAAACGAAUCAUUGUUCGACAUCAGGAGCAUAUAAGCUAUCUCAGUAAGUUGGAGGAAACCUUUCGUAUGAAUUGGUUUGUGACUUUGUCAAGCUCAUCUUUGGGACUCGUCACCACCCUUUAUGCAGCUGUAAUACUCAAAUGGUACCAAGGUUUUGCGUAUAUAUUAUCAAUUACCGUUCAAAUAGGAUUCGUGUGUAUUUUGGGAACAAUGUUGGAUAUGAAGAACGAACAGCUGCAGCAAACUGUUUACAAGAUAUCCUGGUAUCGCUUGUCGAACUCGCACCAGAAAUCGAUCGGCUUCUUUCUCAGUGUUACCCAGGAAACCAAGGCACAGACGCUUAUUUUUGCCCCCUUAAAUAUGCCAACCUUUUUGCAGCUUUACAAAACAAUUUACAGUAUCUUCACAAUGCUGAUUGCCGUUAAGAAGGAGUGAGCUUCUAUUUCCGGUGAAAAAUCGUAAAAAGAUGUAGUCGAUGUAGAGUAUUUUUAUUGA